GCUUUCUUCGAAGGAAUAUACUUCACGCGUACAAUAACUAGCAAAGCCAGCUUCGCCUGGAAGUAGGCAUUAGAAAUAACGCAAAUGUCAGUUAGCAUCAUCGACAUCUAGAUAACAAAUCAAAAAGAAAAAAGCGCCGGCCCCAAAACAAGGCCGCGGCGCGCCCAAUGUGGUCGUCGCGGCUCCGGCGCGCCCAGAUUGGUCGCUCCAUUUCCGGCGCGCCCAGUCUGGUCGUCCCGGCUCCGGCGCGCCCAGAGUGGUCGCCCCAGCUCCGGCGCGCCCAGAGUGGUCGCCCCGGCUUCGGCGCGCCCAAUCUCAUCAACCCGGCGCCGAACGGCCGUUGGACAACUUCUGGCAGUCCGACGGCCGUCGGACGACUCUGGGUUGUCCGACGGCCGUCGGACGAGUUUCGGCUGUCCUACGGCCGCCGGACGACUUUCGGUUGUCCGACGGCCGUCGGACGACUUUUGGUUGUCCGACGGCCGUCGGACAAUUUUUGGCCGUCGGACGACUUUUGGCCGUCCGACGGCCGUCGGACAACUUUCGGCUGUCCGACGGCCGUCGGACAACUUCUGGCCGUCCGACGGCCGUCGGACGACUUUUGGCUGUCCGACGGCCGUCGGACAACUUUUGGCCGUCCGACGGCCGUCGGACGACUUUUGGCUGUCCGACGGGCGUCGGACGACUUUGGGUUGUCCGACGGCCGUCGGACAAUUUUUGGCCGUCGGACAACUUUUGGUUGUCCGACGGCCGGCGGACAACUUCUGGCCGUCCGACGGCCGUCGGACGACACUUGAAGUCGAAACUAAAACUCAAACUCCAAGUUGAUUCUAAAUCUCAAACUCGAAGUCGAAACUGAAGCUCAAACUUCAAGUUGAUUCUGAAACUCGAAGUCGAAACUGAAACUCAAACUCAAAGUCCAAGUUGAUUCUGAAACUCGAAGUCGAAACUGAAACUCAAACUCAAAGUUCAGGUUGAUUCUGAAACUUGAAGUCGAAACUGAAACUCAAACUCUAACUUAAUUCUCAAACUCAAACUCAAUGUUGAAACUCAAACUCAAUGUUGAGACUCAAACUCAAUGUUGAAACUCAAACUCAAACUGACAUUUGCAUUCUUUUCUGCCAAGGUAGUUAAUAUCUAUACCAUGAUAAGAUUUUUAUUUUUGCUCGCGACACAACGGCCACCUAUAGGAUUGUAAGUAGCCAGUUUAGAUAAUUGCUGAGAACUUUUACAAACCAGCACCACAAAAGAAAAUGACGCUCACAGCGGGCAACUCGUCGUCUAGCACGGCGUACAACCCGAAGAUCACGCGCAUCGGUCUGCACCACAACGUGACCAAGAGAACGCAGCCCUUUUCCUCGGAAGUUAGCAAGGUACUACGUGACUCGUACACAGCAAAAAUCUUAAUCUUCUGUAGUUAUUCAAUGUGCUGGCAAGUAGUCUCCAGCUGGAAUGCGCAUCAUCCGAGAGGCACACGUAAAUACUUUUUUUUUCGCGACAAGAAAUUAUGAAAAAACAGGUGAGUUUCGGGCGCAAGGGGCAGCCCGGACUUAAGCCGACGGACUUUUCGUGCAGUCUGAUCCCAUUCUCUUUCCUGACGUUUACAUGGGCAACAAGUGAACCGGGGAAAAUCAAGGCGUUAAUCAAGUCAGGGGACCAUGGUAAGACUCUUAGAGAAACAGUAGCUGUGUUGCGGUUCUAUUGCAUGACAGUGUAGCUUUGUGCUGCGUCUUUACGCAUGGUAAAGACAAAAACAAAAAUGAAAUGCGAAUCAAUUCCUCUUGUGUCGACGAAAUAAACCAGAUCUUUUCAAGCUGGACGGAGAUAGAGAGCGAAAAAACGACAUUCCCUUGCGGCUCCCGAAAACCCCCGAGGCGCUGAAAAAGCUGGAGGACAUAAAUUUGAGCACUCCGAAAGGGCAAAAACCGCCGGUCGUCAUCAACCGGGACAGGAAAAACAAAGCGAAAGUUGAGUCCUUGGAAAUUUCCCUGGAUAUCGGCGACAGUUUGAUUUUUCAGGAGAAAAUCCAGGAAAACGCGGCGGAGCCGGUGGAUCACGUGCUGCAGAUCGUCUCCUACAAGCCCACCAGCUCGGUGUCCCAAAAGGCCUUCGUCGCAAAAUAUCUGCGACUCAAACACGAAGCCGAUAAGGCGGAAGCCAAGAACGCGGAGCUGCAGAGGUAUAUCUGAGUAAAUAGCGCUGUUAUUGGGAUGGAUUGUUUAUUACGGUAAGUUGUGCACGAAAAAUGCAUAAUAAAUUUCCUUCGUGGCUUUGCACAAGAACCAGAUGCGAAAAAUAGAAAUUAUCUUGUACUUGCUGAUGUCUUUUGGGGAGACGCGAGUCACAAAAAUUUUCACCUUAAGGCAAUACGCCCCGCUGGUCGCGGAGCUUGCCGCGCCUCCGCAGAAGAAGCAGGCCGAGCUAGAGACUUUAAUCGGGAAAAAGAAGCUACUGCAGACCAGGUGCGAAAUGAUGGAGAAGAAGUUUGAAAAAGAAGAGACGGCGGCGAAAAACGCCAACGAGGGCGAGUUAGAGACAAAGCGAGAAGCCAGGCUGGCGGUGCAACGCGAGAUUGAAGAAGUGCAGAGGAGCAUUGAGACUGGUAAAGAGCGUAAUCAACGUUAUUCGUUUCUUUUUUAGAUCAGGAAAAAUUCAGCUCUCACGGUAAGUAACGUGAUGUCAAAAAUAUUAUGCGCAAGAAUUUAAAUUUUAUCAUGGACAAACGCAAAAAUUGCUUCUACUUUCACCAAUACGAUGCGACUACAGAAACACACAUGGUGAAUCCACACGCGCGCGCGUUGCAGGGGGUCGGGCAGUACAAGGGAAAAUUCAAGCUGGAAGACGAGAAAGCAGAGGCCGACGUGACCGACCAGAUCCAACUGAUAAGGAACGCCCAGUACAAUUUUUUCUUUACUAGGCUUUGUUUUGAAAAGUUGGCUGCAAGUUUUUCUACAGGCAUGCGCCACGACUUUCGAUAUUUAUAACUUUCGAUAGUUAGCUGACCAUGCAUUCAUUUUUAUUAUGUAGCUUCUGCAACUUUAUCUGACGCAUAAAAGAUUUUCUCUCGCUUCUUGCUCCACAACAGGCCCGACACGCUGGAUAAAAACGAUUUUCUGAAACUGAACGCGGAUCGAGGCGACCUGUUCGUAUGACCUGCAAAAAUAUCGCACUCGUAUAAAUGCAUUGCAAAUAAUUAUUUCCUCAGCAUGAGAAACAAAAUUUGUAAUGCAGAUUUGCCUUGGAAACAAGAUUUGUAUAUGCAAGACUUGUAUUUAGCAUUUGUACGAGUACGAUGCUUUUGCACAGGAUAGUUCGACGACGACGACAAAUUCGGGGGAAAGUCACCCAAGCGAAGGAAGUUAUCGGGCGCAAACGACACGCCGUUUCUCGCGGACACACCGCUGGGGCUUGUGGAAGGUCAGACUCCGGGGGCGACGCCCGCAUACGAGGGGGGGCAGACUCCGGGGGCAACGCCAGCGUAUGAAGCAGCGGGCGAAGAGGACGAAGCAGACAACGACUCGUCCCCGGUCGAGGACGAAGAAGACGACUUGUUGGCGGAGUGACCUGGUUUUGUGUCACAACAAGCAUCGAUAAAGUUUGAUUCGCUUCGUCUAACCGCAAGACAUCUUACAGAACUCACUGCGCAUGUAGUUGUACGACCUGUUUCACCCUUAACUGCUGCUUGCGAAACUGUGUCACCCCUGUGCGAAACUAACGAACGACUACCAUCUGAAGAAUCUCUGGACUACUUUUUUAUCCAGUUCUUGGUCUUGGCUAAACAAGAGUACUACGAAUGACGCAAAAGUAUUCAGCACUGCAGUCGCUGUUGCGAUUGAAGUAUGAUACUUGACAGCACGGAAGAAUACACCGGCGCAGCUUUCUUGUUUGUACAAGCACCAAACUGCUAGUUUUGUUGGUUCCAUUCUGACGGCGUAUCGGCAUUGUUAUACGGUUGUCUACUUUUGUUUCUUUCUUUCCCCGACCAGAGGUCAGGACGGUUUGAAGAGAGCAUACAAGAGUGAGACGGCUUUUCAUUUCAUCUCUAGGGAGCUUUUUCGCAACAGCAUCAGCA